AUGGCCGGUAUAAUUGAUUCUACUUGGAUGGUCCUUAGUGACUUCAACGCCUUUCUCAACCCGGACGACAAAGUAGGAGGAGCUCGACCAGAAAAUAACAUGAUGGUACCAUUCAGAUCCUGUAUUGAUGACUGUGGCCUUUUGGAAGUACCUGUGGUGGGAGACAGAUUCACCUGGGAAAGAAAUGAAAUUAAGGAAAGGCUAGACUGGGUCUUCAGAAAUUUUGAUUGGGAAGUGAGUCACCCCCAUAUGAAGGUACACUACAAUUUGUGUUUUAAGUGUGAUCAUAGAGUUAUAGUGGUGUCUGACUGUGGUGAAAGUAGGAGAAAUAGCAUAAGCAGGUUCUUUAAAUAUCAAGCAGCAUGGUGCCUUAAGCAGGAUUUUCCAGAUAUUGUAAAUGCCUCGUGGGAAAACAAAAAUUGGCUUCAGGGAUGUGAAUCUUUCAAGAAUUCAGCUAUAGAGUGGAAUGAUAAGGUAGUAGGAAGUGUGGCUGUUAAGAAAAAAGAACUGUUGAGAAGAUUGGAAGGUAUAGAUAAGGCAAGACAAAUUGGCAGAUCAAAUGGGCUCCAAAGGUUAGAAAAGAAAAUCUGGAUGGAAGACAAUAGGCUAGCAGCACAAGAAGAGCUAAUCUGA